AUGUUGCGUACAGUAAAACCCCGAAAUGCCCGCUCCAAGCGAGCCCUCGAGAAGCGCGAGCCCAAAGCCGUCGAGAACCCCAAGACAGCCCUCUUCCUCCGCGGAACCAGCUGCUCCCAAAUCAAGAACGAGAUCCACCCCUUUGAAGACGCCUCCUCCCUCGAGUUCUUCUCCGAAAAGAACGACGCCAGCCUCUUCGUCUUUGGCAGCACGAGCAAGAAGCGGCCCCACGCCCUCACCUUUGCCCGCAUGUUUGGCCACAAGACUCUCGACAUGCUGGAGCUGUACCUCGACCCCGAGCUUCCGCCGCAUCUCCCAAGCCCCAUCGAGAACGAGUACACCCUCGCCAAGAGCAUGCUCACCGACUUCUUCGCCGCCCGGGAGACGACGGAGAAGAUUGACGUCGAGGGCCUGCAAUACAUUGUCUCCGUCACCGCCGAAGAUCCGGUCGACGACGACGCCAAGCCCACCAUUCACGUCCGGGUGUAUCUGAUCCAGACCAAGAGGAGCGGCCAGAGGCUUCCCCGCGUCGAGACCAUGCUCAAGGAAGCUCUCAAGAAACCCAAGGGCGCCGAGGAAAAGACCAAGAAGAACAUCACCACAGACAUAAUAGGAGACAAGAUUGGAAGGAUCCACAUCGGAAAGCAGGAUCUGAGCAAGCUGCAGUCCAAGAGGGCCAAGGGUCUGAAGCGUGGCCGAAACGAGGCCGAAACGGAAAACGACGAUGUCAUGGCCGUGAGCGAGGAGGAGCUUAAAAGGCAAAGGGUGUAA